AUGCAACGAGCUCGGAAUGUAGCAACAAUCUUGAGACGGUUUGUCAAUGAUCCAAUCUGUGCUGCAAGCAGCCUUCGAACUCAACACUGGAAAUACCUGGCCCAUCGAAGGCAGAUCUACUCGGCGAGGAGUUUAUAUGAUCAGUAUGAGGAGCAAUAUAAUACUGUAAAAGAUCAAGCCGAUAGACUUGCUAAAAUAAGAGCGGAAGACGCAGCAAGAAAUAAAAUUAUUCACAUGAAGGUGAAGCCAAGUGAAGUGAAAUCUGUGAAAGCUGCGUUAUCAAAGCACGUUGCAUCGUUUGAAAGGGCUGCUUCAAUUGAGAAAUCAAAAGAAAGCUUUUUUGACAUAAUCGAUGACUUUCUUGCAAAAGAUCGCACAAGGAGGGGACAUAUGGAAUUUCUAAAAACUGCUGUGGUUUACAUGGAAGAGUUUGGUAUUGAGAAGGAUGUUGAGACUUAUAACAGGCUCCUUGAUGUAUUUCCCAGAGGGAGGUAUAACAAUAGGACUCUUUUCGAUGCCAUCUGGGCAAAGAAGCAUCCUCAGGCUGAGCUUGCGCUAGAAAUCUUGACGGAAAUGGAAGAUCACUGGCUGCUUCCCAAUGAGGACACUUACGACAUUUUAUAUGAAAUCUUUGGCCAUGCUAGUCAACCACUGCAGAAGUGUCGCAGGAUGAUUUAUUGGUAUCACAAGUUGGAGGAAAUGUUCCCCAAUCCUUAUCCAAAAGUGCUACCUGAAAGUGAUACAGAGCUUAGCAAACUUGCACUUACCAGAAUGACCAAAGAUGAACAGAUUAUAACUAUCUUCAAGGUACUGGCAGGGUUUAAUCCUUGGCUGGGUACUCCCUUUUAUUUUGGAUAGGUGUGUUCCACCAAGGGUCUUAAACUCUGACCCUAUUUAAGGAUUAGACAAAUCAUUUCACAAGCACAGGGAAAAGACUCUAUGAGUCCCAAAUUUGAAUCCGUGACAUCCUGUACUACUAAAAUCCCUAAACUGUUAGCACCCAGAAAAAGUGAUCUUCUGCAUAUAUUGAAUUUUUGAAUAGUUGACUGAAUUUCUGAGUGCCCUGUUUGGUUAUGUGAUUUUCCUUCCCAGUUCCACCAUAUUAAGGCAAUGAUAACAGUUUGUGGUUUAAAUGCUCUAGAACUGCCAGGAUAGAAUUCUGUUGAAACAACCCCAGCGGCAUAACCAGCUUUUUGACUAUUUGUAGGCCUGGCUGACUUUCAUUUCCACAUAUCGUGAAAAUGGCAUGUAUGACUAGUAUGCACUGACCUCACCAACACUUUGAGCUCUUAAGUUUUUUAGCUCACCCCAACAAUUACGCAUAAUUUAUUACAAGCGGUAGAGUGAUCAAACCAAAAAUUUGUAGGUCCGGACCUACAGACCUGUGGACUGGCUACGCCCCUGAUCUCCACCUCUGCCCGAAAUGUUAUCAAUGAUAUUAGUGAUCUCACAUCUUUUGUGGUUUGCCUUGUAAAAAAGUUCUCCUUUAGCAUUCAUGAUCAUUUCAACCAUUAAAACUGUUGUUAUCACCAUUCUAAAAUUGGGAAGAGUAUCAUGAUGAAACAGGGUACUCAGAAUGGGUACGUGAGACAUUCAGACAUUUUUUUUUCUUCUCGUGGUGCUUAGAACAGUUUAGUGAUUUUGGUAGUAUGCCAGUGGGGAUUCUAAACCUGCAAGCUAAGGGGGAGCGAAAGGCAUAGCAGUGAUUAUGGGAUGCCCAUAAGGCUAAAUAUUUGUAAAAGUGCUCUUGCCAUUUUAUGCUCAACAGUGUAAAAUAUUUCCAUACCAAUAUUCAUAUUACCAUUUGUGAAAUACUGGGGUCAAUUUAAUAAAGCUUUUAUGAGUGUAAUUUACAAGUUUAGCUAUUGUUUUUACACUUGAAAACAAUGGCUACCCUUGUAAACUACACUUGUAAACGUUUUAUUGAAGUAACCCCUAACAAAAAUAGCAAAUGAGAGUAUUGCUGACAGACCAAGUUACACAUUGCAUGACUCCAUAAUAAUUUGUGUGUUCUAGUAAAAGAACCAAGUCAAUGAACUAUUUAAUUUUGGGUUCCAGGACAAUACUGAUAACAAGGAAAAAGAGUUUUUGGUUAGUGCUCAGACAGCAGACCAGAAGAAAUUUUUGAGAAACUACAAGUCAGACAAAGCUUUAUACGUUGAAGGACCCUUCUUUAUUUGGGUACGAAGACUUCAAAGACAUUUCUUUACCCUGAGAGCUGAUGCAGAACUUGAUAAUGAAAGUGGAGAAGGUGAGAUAGGGACCCUUGGAAGUAAAAUUGGCCCAAUGAUGUUGUAUUUCAGGCAACUUUUUUCUUUGGCUUAAAGUUGUGGCCAGUUUAUUUGACCAUAAAAGUAAUUGUCCAUAUCAUUUUUCUGUUCAUUUUUAUUUGCCCUAUAGCACAGCCAAAAUUACAUGGUUGCUUCAUUUGUAAAUCAUUGAAAAAGGUAUAUUUAGCCAUUAUUAUUGAAGGAGGCUGAGUAUGAUGUGAAGAAUCAUAUUAUGCAGAUCAAGGAGACCGUUACCUCACAAGGGGAAGGCCUGGAAGUGAGGCUGAUUGAUGGUCUUUUGCCUAUGCAGCGUCAUUUCCAGGCAAAUAUACCAUCAAUUAACCUCGUUUCCAAGCAAAUGUAAUAUCAAAUCAAUGCUAUAGUGCUCACAUCUUACAAAUUUGGUCAACACCGGUUGGUUAUGAAGAAUUAGGCAGGGGCUUUGAUCCAAUCAGAAAUGGCAAAAUAAUUUGAAUGAAUAAUAAUGAAUACUAUUGUAGAGGGUCUUUACCAAAACGUUUUCUCCUCAAUUUUAAAAAGUAGCUCAGACUUGAUUUGCCCAAGCAAAUGCAGUGCAUUUGCUUGGGCAUUCUACUUCUCCCUUUUUCUGAGGGAGCUGUUUUGAAUAUUGAAAUGUAUGAUAGCCAUCUUUAAACUGUUUUCUCUUUCUUCAGGAAAUAUUGUUGCUAUUUGUAUGAGCCAACCUGAUGCCAGUGAAGAUGUUCUCAGGUCCUGGAUCAGCCAUCUGCAGAGUGAAAACCCUGAGCUUGCAAAUAUCAGUGUUAUUUUCAAUCUAAGCUCUACACCACGAUGA